AUGUUAUCAAAUGCAGUCAUAGCUUUAUUACCUAGUGAACGUGAAAUAAAUAGUGCAGUUAAUAACGCUCGUCAUGCUGUAACACCAACAAUACCAACAACACAACUAUUUGAUCUUUCUGAUUUUUAUACUAAAACAUUACGAAAUAAUGAUUUUUUAAUUGCUGAUAAAUUCAUUAAUAGACGACAGAGAAUAAUUUUAUUUGGAUCUCAUGAACAAUUAAAAAUGCUUUUUUCAGCUGAAGUAAUUCUUAUGGACGGUAUAUUUUCUGCUUGUCCAAAAAUAUUUGAUCAGAUUUAUACAAUACAUUGUAUUAAAUAUAAACAAUCAUUUCCCUGUGUUUUCGGAUUAUUACUAAAUAGACAUAAAAAUACAUAUAGUUUUUUAUUUCAUGAAUUGAGAUAUGUAGCUUUACAAAUGAAACUUGAUUUUUCACCAAAAAUUGUAAUGAGUGAUUUUGAAUCAGGAUUGGCUAGUGCAGUGAAAUCUGAAUUUACUACAGCAAAACACUCAUCUUGCUUUUUUCAUUUCACUCAAGCCAUAUAUAGAAAUAUUCAACAACUUGGUCUAAGUUCAAUGUAUAACGAUGAUUGUAAUGUUAAAUCGUUUUGUCGAAAGUUAAUGGCUCUUGCAUUACUAUCUGAAACUGUUAUCGAAGAUGCAUAUGAUGAUUUAGUGGGAGAUUUAUCACCAGAUAUGAGAACAGUCAUUAAUGAUUUACUUGAAUAUUUUCAACGACAGUGGUUCCUCAAAGUACCUAUUUCUCAGUGGUGUGUUCAUGGAUCAUAUAUUAGAACAAAUAAUAAUGCCGAGGGUAUACAUUUCUUCCUACUUUUCUUAAUAUCCACGCUUUUAUAUUUCUCAGCAUUUCAUAGUCGAUUUAAUCGUAGAGUACAAAUUCAUCAUCCAAACAUCUGGUCCUUCAUUAAAUUUCUUCAAGCAGAAGAGAGUCGUUUUCAUCACAUGUAUAUUCAAUUCUCUUCAGGUUUAAGUACAAGAACACAAAAAGUUAAAACUAUUGCUAUUCAACAUCGUAUAGAAAAUCUUACUGAACGAUAUAAUGAUGGUCUUAUACAUGUUAUGGAAUAUUUAGAUGGUCUAUCACUUGUAAUUGCUAAGAAGAAAAAAUAA